ACAAUCAACCCUCAUCUUCAAAAAACCCAACUCAAAAAUGGCAUCGCCAGUUAACUCACGCCAUUUCCCUGCCCCACCGCCUCCUUCCUCCUCAGACAACAGCACCACCGUAAUCAUAGUAGUGUUCAUCUCAUUCGGCUGCCUUUUCUUCGUCGCGUUCUGCCUAUUCGCCCUGUGGUGCUUUGUUUCCAAAAGGCGCAACAGAAAGAAGACUGUACAAGAAACCGAUCUCAUACACGCCAACGAACACCGCAGAAUCAAGGAGGCAAUUGUAGAAGGGCCGCAUGGGCCACACGCUGUGGUUUUAUCAGUAGAAGAUGAUAAGCAUUUUGAUGAAAAAAUUAUCAAGAAUGAGAAGCUGGGGAAAAACAUGCAUGCAGAAUCUUCAGAAAUUGUUGCUUCGAGGGAUAUUGAAUCAGGAGAAUCCUCUUCUAAUUCCAAUCAGAAGGCUUGAAUGCUCAAGUCUUUUAUCUGUUAAUGAUCUUCAGAGACAGGAAAGAUUGGUAAACGUGAGGAUCUUUUCAGAAUUAAGUUAUAUUAAUGAUGAAAUAAAAAAUGUUUGAGUAAUUGUUGUGUAAUAAUUAUAUUCAAAUGUCACUGUAAUUCUUUUCAAUAAGAUUUAACAGAAGAAUUAUUAGA